CAGCGGGUCGGGAUCCCGGCCCCGGCAGCAGCGGGCCAGGCGCUGAGCUGCCCCUGCACAGCCCUCGCCUCCCCGCUGCGCUCUGCCCUGCGCUCAGCCAGCCCGGCGGAGCCCGCACGGCCCCACCCAAACACCCCGAGAUGGCACAAGGCGGGCGCGACCCCCGGCCCGGGGACCUGAUCGAGAUCGACCGGCCAGGUUACCAGCACUGGGCCCUCUACGUGGGGCGUGGAUAUGUCAUCCACGUGACAGAUGAAGGAGCCACAUCCCUUACGCUUAGCAGCUCUUCCAUACGCGCCACAACAGCCAAGGUGAAGAAGCAGCUCCUGAAGGAGGUCGUGGGAAAUGAUGAAUGGCGUGUGAACAACAAGUAUGACCGCUACUACACUCCUUUCGCUGUGGAGAAGAUCAUCCAGCGUGCUAAGCAAUGGAUUGGUAGGGAGGUGCCAUAUGAUGUGCUUAACAGAAACUGUGAGCACUUUGUGACAGAGCUCCGCUAUGGAGUAGGAGUCUCUGAGCAGUCUAUUUUGCAGAAGAUGACUUUUGUAGGUGGUAAAAUACCCACUCCUGAUACGAGAUAUGGCAAGGACUACCCCAACCCUGGGGACCUGAUUGACAUCAAAAAGGGAAGUUAUGAGCACUGGGCCCUGUACAUGGGGGAUGGAUAUGUCAUCCAUAUGACACCUCUAGAUGAAAAUGCUGCACCCUCGUCAGCCAGCAGUGAGACAAUACCCAUCAGAAAGGUCAAGGCUACAAAGGAGCUCCUGAAGGAGGUGGUGGGAAAUGAUGACUGGGCUGUCAACAACAAGUGUGAUGGUUACCGCACGCCUCUGCCCGUGGAGGAGAUCAUCCGGCGUGCUGAGGAACAGAUUGGUGAGGAGGUGCAGUAUGAUGAGCUUGGCAUGUACUCUGAGGAUUUUGUGAAAAGUCUCCGGUAUGGUGGCCAGAUGACAAGGUCAAUAUCUGAUUGUCCCAAACCUGGGGAUCUGAUCGAGAUCUAUCGGCCAGGGUACCAGCACUGGGCCCUCUACCUGUGGAGUGGAUAUGUCAUCCAUGUGACAGCUGUAGAUGGAAAUACUUCAUCCUUGUCAGCCAGCAGCGUGACAAUAAUCACUAAGAGAGCGAAGGUGGCUAAGGAGCCCCUGGAGAAGGUGGUGGGAAAUGAUACAUGGCAUGUCAACAACAAUAAUGACCGCUUCCGAACUCCCCGCCCCAUUGGGGUAAUCAUCCAGCAUGCUAUGGAAUGGAUAGACAAGAAAUGGCGAUAUGAAUUGCUUUACAGCAACUGUGAGCACUUUGUGACCAUGCUUCGCUAUGGAGAUGGAAUCUCUUGGCAGGCCAUAAAUACACGUUUGGUUCCAGAAGUCAUAAGCACAGUAUUUGUAAAAAAGACUAAGUCUGGGGACUCAGUCAGGUGAGAGAUAAAGUACUACUGAUGGGGUGUCAGGAAGAGCUCAGACCAAGAAAGGCAGAGUCCCUGGCCACAGCAGCCACUGGCCAGCUUUUGCUACACAAUGUGCCAUCAAUGGCAGUGCCAUCAAGUUCCUAGCAACUUUGCCACCCUUGCUGUAAACAUUAUACAAUCCUUAAUAAAAUAUCUGCAUUACAAAAUCA